UGGGAGGAGAAUGAGAGCGGCGGUUCGCACGCAGCGGCCGCGGCGGCCACCGCCGGCGGCGGCGACGGCGCAGCUGGCUUCCAGUUCCAGGCCGAAGCUGGAGAAGGCACAGGUCCCUCUAACCCUCCCGCUGAAAUUCCUCAAGCUCCGUCUGGCCAGCGGCCCGCCGCUCGCGCCCACGCCCAAGGCAUUCAAGUCCUACGCCGAGACCUGCGCCACCCUCCUCCGCCUCUGCCGCGCCACCGCCACCGCCACCGCCACGAGCAAUGCCGCGCUUGCUUCCUCCUUGUCCUCCUCCGAACGCCUGCCGCUCGCCCUCUCGCUGCACGCGCACGCCGUGCGCUCCGGCGUCGCCGCCGACACCUCCGUGGCCUCGCACCUCCUCACCACCUACGCCGCCUUUGCUCGCGCCGCGGAAUGCGACCGUGCCUUCGGCGACUGCGUCGCCGCGGGUGCCGCCUCCCCCUUCACCUACGACUUCAUGGUGCAUGAGCAUGUCAAGGCCGGGGACAUUGCCUCCGCUCGCGGGCUGUUCGACGGAAUGCCCGAGAGGAGCGUCGUGUCGUACACUACCAUGGUGGAUGCAUUGAUGAAGCGCGGGCGUGUGGCAGAGGCUGUCGAGCUGUAUGAGCAGUGCCCGUCCGGCUCCGUGGCCUUCUUCACGGCGACGAUUUCUGGUUUUGUCCGCAAUGAGCUCCACCACAAUGCUCUUGGCGUCUUCCGUAAAAUGGUCAGCUGCGGCGUGAGGCCUAAUGGUAUCACCUUUGUGUGCAUGAUCAAGGCAUGCGUUGGUGCAGGUGAAUUUGGUCUAGCCAUGUCCAUCGUGGGGUCGGCGAUUAAAUCAAACUUCUUUGAGAGCAGCAUCGAGGUACAAAAUUCUUUGAUCACGCUGUAUCUGAGAAUGGGAGAUGCAGCUGCAGCCCGUAAGGUGUUUGAUGAGAUGGACGUGAAGGAUGUGGUCUCCUGGACUGCAUUGCUUGAUGUGUAUUCCGAGUCGGGUGAUCUUGAUGGAGCUCGACGGGUUCUUGAUGCGAUGCCUGAGAGGAAUGAGGUCUCCUGGGGUACUUUGAUUGCUAGGCAUGAGCAGAGAGGCAAUGCGGCAGAAGCGGUGAAGCUGUACAGUCAAAUGCUGGCUGAUGGUUGUAGGCCAAACAUUUCAUGCUUCUCUAGUGUGCUCAGUGCUUGUGCUACUCUUGAGGACUUGCGAGGAGGAGCGAGGAUCCAUGCCCGUAGCCUAAAGAUGGGCUCUAGCACCAAUGUGUUCGUAUCCAGCUCUCUGAUCGACAUGUACUGCAAAUGCAAGAAGUGUAGAGAUGCGCAAACGAUUUUUGACACCCUCCCAGAGAAGAACAUAGUGUGCUGGAACUCUCUCGCUUCAGGUUAUAGCUACAACGGGAAAAUGGUAGAAGCUAUGUAUCUCUUCAAGAAGAUGCCUGCAAGGAAUUUAGCUUCAUGGAAUACGAUUAUCUCUGGUUACGCGCAGAAUCGACAAUUUGUUGAUGCGCUAAGAUCUUUCAAUGCAAUGUUGGCUUCGGGGCAGGUUCCAGGGGAAAUUACAUUCUCGAGUGUUCUUCUUGCUUGUGCAAACUUGUGCUCGUUAGUUACGGGUAAGAUGGCUCAUGCUAAGACUAUCAAGCUAGGAAUGGAGGAAAGCAUUUUUAUCGGCACUGCACUUAGUGACAUGUAUGCCAAGUCAGGGGAUUUACAGAGCUCCAAGAGGAUGUUUUAUCAAAUGCCUGAAAGAAAUGAUGUCACUUGGACUGCCAUGAUUCAAGGACUUGCUGAAAAUGGUUUUGCGGAGGAAUCUAUUCUUUUAUUUGAGGAUAUGAUGGCAACUGGAAUGACACCAAAUGAGCAUACAUUUUUAGCUCUUCUAUUUGCUUGUUCCCACGGUGGUUUGGUGGAGCAAGCCAUACAUUAUUUUGAAAAAAUGCAGGCAUGGGGUAUUUCUCCUAAAGAGAAGCACUAUACAUGUAUGGUUGAUGUCCUAGCUCGAGCUGGUCGUUUGAUAGAGGCAGAAGCUCUUCUGAUGAAAACCCCAAGUAAGUCAGAAGCAAAUUCAUGGGCUGCCCUUCUGAGCGCUUGCAACACUUAUAAGAAUGAGGAGAUUGGUGAGAGGGCUGCAAAGCGGCUUCAUGAGUUGGGGAAGGAUAACACGGCAGGCUAUGUGUUACUCUCGAAUAUGUAUGCAUCAUGUGGAAGGUGGAAAGAUGCUGCCAGGAUAAGGGUACUGAUGAAAGGGACCACACUCAAGAAAGAUGGAGGGUGUAGCUGGGUUCAAGUAAGAGGUCAAUAUCACGCCUUCUUUUCAUGGGAAGCAAAGCAUCCACUGUCAAUGGAAAUCAAUGAGAUCUUGGAUUUACUAUUGUGGGAAUCGUCUCUUGACUUUGUUUUGUCAGUAGAUUACUAGUGAGGACAGCCUUUGACAGAAGAAUUUCUACUACUACCUUUUCUUUAUUCAGAUUCAUAUAGAUAGGUAGCAAGAUGGAACUAUUUCUGGAGAAUGAUCUUCAGGAAAUUGACUUUGGCUCCCCUUGUGUUGGCUGUCGUGAUGUACUGAACUGGAGAAGGAUAUCCGCCCAGACAUCGAGCUGCAAAUUGCAUAGCAGGUUCGUGGUUGCGUUCACCAAGGGAAUGCAGGUGCUAUAGUUAUUGUGAAACGACUGAGUAUACUUGUAAAAUCUGUCUGAUUUAGCUGGCCAAUGAUUUUGAGCAGCAUUAUCAUCAUGGUAUGCUUCACCCUGCACCUGGAACAUCAUCGCCUUGUAUGCUAUUGAUAACCUGGAGUGUGGACUUUUCUGCCGUAGUUCAUAUGAUUUGGCGUGAAUCCGCUUCAGAUGAGCAGCAGGGAAAACGGGACUCAGCAUUCUCAGUGUCGUAUUUGCCUGCUGCAUCUUUUCUGGUCUCCACGGCUAUGCAUUGAUUUGUCUGACCAGUUGGCAUAGUUUGGGGGAUGUAAAUACACUACUGAAGAUGUGUCAUGUGACAAGCCUGACCAAGCAUAGAGUAUGAGGAGCUAGGGUGUUGGAACUUACUGUUGGAAUGGGUAAACCCUGUGAGCAUUGUUUUUUCAGUUGGACAAGGAGGAAAAACUCUCUACCAAGUUCAGAAGGAUCUCCGCAAGUUGAAAAAAAAAAUCAUAUCUCACAAGUCAGGCGUGAUCACAAUGCUUCUUCUCCGUUUCGUAAUCUGCUCAUUAACUGAAAAAAUAAAAUCAGAUCUGCACAUUUGGCUUACAGCGAAUCGCUGUCCGUUUUUCGCUUUUACUUUUGAGUGAAAAACUGUACUACGGUCGGUGAGGUUAACCCGUAUGCUUCCAAACUACCGGGGUGUCACAAUUUUGCCGAAGAUCAAAUAUUGGCUGUAACAUGAUUCUUAUUUGCGCGCC